UAGUACUUAAACCUGCUUUAUAAUAUAAAAGACGUAAAAAUCUUGCUUUUUACAAUACGGGACCUUUAAGGGGUGGAGAUGGACAGGUCUUUGUGUAGGUUAUUGAUUUUUUUUAGGCUGAAUUAAUUAAAAACCCCUCAUGUUCUUCUUCCCUUCAGAUAGUUGUGGUGACUCUUCUGGGUGUGAGAGCGAGGUGGGUGAUGACAGCGAGGGGGAGGUCACCCUGCUGCAACGAAGGAUGAGGACCAAGUUCACCUCCGAGCAAAUCAUCAAACUGGAGAAUGCCUUCAGCAAGCACAGAUACCUGGGUGCCAUGCAGAGGAGGAAGAUAGCUGAGAAGCUGGACCUCUCCGAGACUCAGGUGAAAACGUGGUUCCAGAACAGGAGGAUGAAGCUGAAACGGGAGGUGCAGGACCACCUUCGUCCCGGGUUCCUGUCCGUCCCUGCCUCUCUGCUGCCUCCUCCUCCUCUGCUGUUUCAGCACCCCGUCCUGAGUGGACAGCUCCCUCCGGCUCCCUCCUUCUACCAGCAGCUGCAGCCGCUCCACAGCUCGACCCUGCCGGCUGCUCUGCAACAGCAGCACCGCUCCCACCUCCACCUCCACCUCCACCCUGCCAUCAUGCCUCCUCCACACUACUACUGAAUUUCUAUCUGCCACACCAAAAAACAAAUUGUCUAGAAUCUAGAUAUGUUUCCAUUUCCCUCUCUAAAAGAGGGGUUUAAAAAGUUAUUAAUAUAAUUGCUUUUAAUAUAUCUGAAGCACUUUUGAUGUAUGUAUGAUUUAAAUAAUGUAAAUGUAUUUGCUGCAAAUAUUAUAUUCUCUAUGUUACAAAUAAAACUGAAUUAAAGACUACAAA